GGGUAGAUCCCCAGCAUGACAGAAGCCCAGAUAGUGCAAGUUUUUGGAAAGCAGUCAUGCAUGUUAUCAAAUUUGUAAAUACAAUUUUAUAUCACUGACGUAUGUACACAUCUGUAAUUUCUUAUUAAUAAUCUCAUAAGAUUAUUCUUCGAUUUUAAUUGAGUUAUUACAAGUUACUAUCUUUUGCAUUAAAAAGCCAAUGUAAGAACAACGUUGAAUAAUAAAUUAAAAUGAAGUUUCCUUUAAUUGUUGCAUUUAUUGCUCUGAUGGUGAUUUCUAUUGUGAUUGCUGAUCAUGAUUAUCCAAAUGAAACAACAAAAGAAGAACUUGACAAAAAGGCAGCCGAAUGUCGGAGUAAAUUCAAAGUUACUGAUGAAGAUUACAAGAAAAUGUUAGUUGAGUUUGCAGAACCAAGUGAAACAAUGAAAUUUUUGUCUAAUUGUUUAUUGGAAGUCGUAGGUAUCCUUAAAAACGGAAUUCUUCAGCCAGAUAUAGCUAUAGAAGUAUUCAAAAGUGGAUAUCGUGAAGAAAAAGCUAUAAGGAUUGUGGAAGCAUGUCGUAAUGAAGUGGGAAUAGGAAAAUGCGGAACUGCAAAUAAGUUGGAUAUGUGUUUUCUUAAUAACCAAUACCUUAAAUCAUAAUUCAUAUCUCAUACAUAAGAAAUGAAUUAAAUAUUGAAAAUAA